GCGCCACCGCAAAGCGAUCAUGACGCACUCGGAGCGUUUACUAACGAACAUCAAAUUCACGUACAAAAGCAACAACGAUUACAGUCUUCAGCUUACCCGUUGGUUUCUGCUGCCAAUCGCAGCAUGGCCACGACCGACUACAUCGACGACAGUGGAAAGAAUCUCACUCCAAGCGCACGUUUUCGCUUGCGUAUUUCUGAUACUGAUUAUCUUGAUACCAUGCAUAUUGUACGUAUGGCUGGAAGAAAAAGAUAUACAGAUAAAGUUGAGUGUAAUGGGUCCGCUAAGUCAUUGGAUCAUGGGCACGAUUAAUUACUGGCUGCUCCUUGCGCACAGCGAUGAUAUCCGUGAAUGCGUGCAACACAUGGAGACUGACUGGAGGAUGGUUCGCGGGACCGACGAUCGGGACGUGAUGCUGCGAUACGCGAAAAUCGGCCGCCUCGUCGCCGGAUUCUGCGCAGUGUUCAUGCAAAGCGGGACGCUCCUCUUUAUGGUGGCCAAAGCGGUGACAUCUAUGACUGUCAUCAUUGGCAAUGAUACUGUAACGAUGCACCCGAUGACCUGUCCGAUAUACAGCAAGUUCAUUGACGCGAGAUUCAGCCCCGCGAACGAGAUCAUGAUACUUACACAGAUAUUGUCGUGUUUUAUAGUGAACUCAAUUACAGUGGGAGCUUGUAGUCUCGCGGCGGUAUUCGCCAUGCACGCUUACGGUCAGCUAAGCAUGUUGUUCUCGUGGUUGAACAAUCUCGUUGAGGACGAGGACAAGGAAAACGAAUUUGCUGAACAGAAGCUGGCGACGAUUGUGGAACAUCAUUUAAGAGUGCUGAGUUUUAUAUCGCGCAUAGAAAAUAUCAUGCAAACCAUCUGUCUUGUGGAAUUGGUGGGAUGCACAUUGAAUAUGUGUUUACUUGCAUAUUAUUCUAUUACGAACUGGAGUGAUUUUGAUGCAGCAAAAAUAACAUCAUAUGUCAUCGUAUACCUAUCAAUGGCUUUCAAUAUUUUUAUAUUUUGUUUCAUCGGCGAGAUUCUAACGGAACAGUGUAAAAAUGUUGGUGAAAAAGCAUAUAUGACCAAUUGGUAUGAAUUGCCGCACAAAACUGCUCUUGGUCUCAUUUUGAUAAUAGCGCGAUCGAGUAACGUUAUCAAGAUUACAGCUGGAAAAUUAUUUCACUUAUCUAUUGCAACUUUUGGUGAUGUAAUUAAGACUUCUAUGGUAUAUUUGAAUAUAUUAAGAACGAUGACUCCCGCCACGUGAAUUAAUUAAGCUAACAAACAUUUAUCAUAAAUAUAUUUUGUAUAGAACAAAAAUAUAAUAUAAUAGAAAAAUAGAAGAGAAAUAUAUUUAAUAAAUAAAAUAUUCAAGAAUAUAAGUAAA